AACCGUCGCAUUCUUUCACGAUUUUGAAUCCUAGGCUCAUAAUCGACUGAAGGAAGUGUUUCUUCCGAGGAGUUUUGGCAGAAGUCACCUAUGAUCAUCUGUAGCACGACAAAAUCGGGCUAGAUUAGAGAUUAUUCAUCAAGGACAUUCGUAAAAGAGGAGUGUCUCAUUUUGGAACCAGAAAAAGAAAUUGUUCUUAUAAGAUUCUGAUAAUAGAAUCGUGUUUUUCUUUUAUGUUUUAGCAAUGUUGUUGACUAACGAAGAAUACGAAGAAGCCAAAAAUACACUUCACGAUACAACUUUAGCUAGGAAGUUAACAGCAAAUAAACGAAAAUAAUUACGUAAACGACUUAAAGAUUAUGAAUAUUCAGUGAAAUAUUUACUAUUUAAACCAACAAACUAUGCCAUUAAACAUAUUAAUAAAACAACAGAAAUUCCCGAUUUAGAAAAAUAUAUAUUAGAUUCAAAAAAUGCCACUAGAUUUUUCAUAGAUACGGAAUCAACAAUCAAACCAUCCCAUCCCAAUGAACCAGCAUUAAUACAAAUAAUGAUUUUAAGAAAAGAUCAGUCAUCAAUAGUGUUGUUAGUGGAAGUACGCCAUCUGCCAUAUCAAGAGUCACAAGAAUUUGAAUCAAUACAAGAACUUUUUCGUGUUAUAUUUCAGCCAAAAUCUUUGAUUCAUAUAUGGGGCAACCGCGACGAAUUAAAAUCCUUCGUUAAAUAUCAGCUACUUACAAAUCAACAAAUUUCUUCAUUGAAUGUACGAAAUGAACAAGGCGAGUUCAAAACAUAUUGGCUACAGAUUCAUCCACAUGACGACAAUAAUUCGUCAUGUAUUUGCGAAUAUUGCAUUAAUAAAGAACCAAAUGAUCCAUGGUCUUUGACGGAUGCGAUUGCAUAUGUUGAACAACGAUGGCUGGAUAAGUCAUGGACAAUUUCACCGUUCAACAUUGGUCUCGAUGAAAAACUAUAUGAACAAUCACCACAACAAAAAGCAUAUAGGAAAAAACUAUCACUUUACGCUGCGUAUGAUUGUUUGGCUAUUCAUGCAAUAUGGAGCAAAAUAGAUCCUCAACAACAACAAAAUCAAAGCAUUUGGUCGCCUGUGCCGUCUCCAUCACCACCGAUAUCACCAGCAUAUUCAUGGAUCUCAGAUGAUGAAGCACCACCGCACCAAUCAUCUGCCGAACUAACAAGUCGACAAUCUUCACCUCCACCCAUUCGCUCCGUUGUUCUUAUCACAUCCGCACAACCAUCGUCGUCUGAACAAACAAACAAACAACCGUCAGAUUCACACAAUACGCCACUCAUUGUCGUUAAAAAACAAAAACUAGCAUUAUCAGCGACAGAGAAGAAACUAAAAAAUGCCCGGGCAACUCUCCGUCAACGUAAAAGAAAGUUUAUGAAUGAAAUUAUUAUUCACGCAAUUGACGAUAGAUUUUCUGUUCAUAAGAUCAAACAAGUCCUAAAUUUUGCCUCAGUUGAUUUUAGCGGGGUUUUCACAUCACUUUCACCGUCUACGGGACUAAAAAUGGUUAUCAUUGGCAUACAAGAUCAAAGUAAACAACAACGAUAUCACCAAUUAAUGGUAGAUGACAACUGGUUUUCCACCGUCCAUUUUGAUCGUUUAUUUUUUUCGACAAAUCGUUCACGACCUCGAGCACCACCGAUCGUCAACCGUCCUUAUAUUCGUUCACAACAUUUUCAUGAAUCGACUUCAAGAACACAUCAAGAUCUGUCUAGUACAGAUCGUCGAGAUCGUUCUUAUCAUAACUCAACAAUCUCAACAGAUUAA